GGGAAGGAAAAAAAAAAGAGAGAAUUAAUUAAGAAAAACCUCUUUUUGCUCACUUUCUCGCAAGAUACAAAUCUCUUCUUCUUCUUCUUCUUCUUCUUCUUCCUUCUUUAGUUCUUCUUCCUCUUCAAUGCAAACAAUGCUCGAUUCCAUCAACCUAAUCGAAUAAUGGGACUCUCUGAUUCUACAAACGAGCUACUCGGAGACACUAGGACCGCCGCUUCCAAGUAAGAUAACCGCUCCUUUCUCGGCAUCGAUCUCAACGAAAUCCCUUCCGCCGCUACUCUCGGCGGUGUUUGCACCGGCGCUCCGGAUGACGACGCCGACUACGAAACCGUCGAAGUUGUUAGGUCGAUUCACGAUAAUCCCGACCCUGCGCCUGGAGCGCCUACGGAUGUUCCUGAACCGGAUCGGGAUGCUUCCUGCGCCGCCUGUGGAAGACCUGAGUCUUUGGAGCUCGUUGUUGUUUGCGAUGCUUGUGAGCGAGGGUUUCAUCUCUCUUGUGUUCACGACGGAGUUGAGGCCGCUCCCUCUUCCGAUUGGAUGUGCUGCGACUGUGUUUCUGGCGGCGAGAGGAGCAAACUCUGGCCCUUUGGUGUCAAGUCUAAGCUCAUUUUCGAUAUGAACGCCUCGCCUCCCAGUGAUGGCGAGGGUUAUGGCAGCGAGGAUACGUCAGAUUCUAGAAAGCAUAUGUUGUCCAAUCAUGCAUUCAAGCUUUUCAAGUCCUGGUACAGGAUAUGCUAGUCUCGAAUCUUCAGGGUUAAUGGCUCGUAAUCCCAAUCUAGGUUUUGGAUUCCCAUUAAGCCUGAACAACAGUAGUUUGCCCGUUAGAUUUCCAUCCUUGGAUCCAAGUGAGUUGUUUCUGCAAAAUCUCAGGCAUUUCAUAUCUGAAAGGCAUGGAGUAUUGGAAGAUGGUUGGCGUGUCGAAUUUAAACAGCCUCUAGAUAGUUAUCAGCUAUGUGCAGUGUAUUGUGCUCCGAACGGAAAAACAUUUAGUCCAAUACAAGAUGUUGCUUGUUAUCUGGGCUUAGCAGUUAAUGGUAGCUUCAGCUGUAUGGAUACUGAAAUCAGGAAUGAAAGUUCUCUUCUUCAAGAAAGAUUGCAUAUGCCCAAGAGGAGAAAGACAUCAAGAUGGCCAAAAAAUGGUUCCCCUGAGCAAAAGGGUAGUUCAGUGAGUGCUCAGCUCAGGCGUGUUCCAUUCAACGGUCAAACGAUGCCCCCUUUUGCCAUUAAAUCUGGUACUCAUUUUCAGGCUGGUGAUUCCCUUAGCGCUGGAAAUAAUGGAUGCGGUUGUGAGGAAGCUAAUAUAAAUAAUGGACUUCCAAUGCAGUUUGAAGAUUUCUUUGUGCUGUCACUUGGACGUAUUGACAUAAGACAGUCUUACCACAAUGUCAACAUGAUCUAUCCAAUAGGAUAUAAGUCCUGCUGGCAUGAUAAAAUCACGGGGUCGCUAUUUACAUGUGAAGUAUCUGAUGGCAGUUCUGGUCCUGUUUUCAAGGUUACACGGUCACCAUGCUCUAAUUCAUUUAUUCCACUUGGAUCAACUGUCUUCUCCUGCCCAAAGAUUGAUGAAAUGGUGGAACAGAACAUUGAAAAACGAAGUGAUCGUAAAGACAGUACCCAAGAGCAUGAUGAUGACGCUAAUAUUGAGAUCCUUCUUUCGGAUCACCCCCCACCUCUUGGAGAUGAUAUAUCGUCUUGUUUACAAGAGAAUAAUAUUUCCAAGACAUUCAGUUGCUUGCGCUCAGAGGGUGGUUCUUCUCAAGUAGACUUUGAUAGUAUAUUAUCCAGUAAACAGGACCAUGGGGUUGACAUUGGCGACAUUGUUGUGGAAGAAGAUUCAUUGUCUGUUGCAUGGAACAAGGUGUGCCAAAAACUUGUUGAUGCAUGUUCCAAUGUCAUGAAGCAGACGGGUACCAUGUAUAUGGAAGAAUGCUUAAUGUUUAUUAUACAAAGUCUUUACAAUAUAUAUAGGGAGUACAAGAGAGAUUAGGGUAUCCUAUAAUUACAAUUGAGUCCUAAACUUAUACAUUACUUACAUGCCCCCUCAAGAUAGAGGAGAUGGGGCUACUCCAAUCUUGUACAAACAGUUAACAAAUUGAGGACGAGGAAGAGGUUUUGUCAGUGCAUCAGCAAGUUGGUCGUGUGUGGAGACAUGAGUAACGCGGAGAGCACCAGACUGAACAUACUCUCGUGCAAAGUGGAAGUCGAUGGCAAUGUGUUUCAUUCUAGAGUGGAAGACGGGGUUUGCGGAGAGAUACGUAGCACCUACAUUGUCGCAGUAUAUCACCGGAGGUGCAGGAAGAGAGAUGCCAAGUUCAGUAAGGAGAGAGCAGACCCAACUUAACUCAGAUGCCGUGUUUGCAACGGCUCGAUACUCUGCUUCGGUGGAGGAUCGUGACACACUGCGUUGCUUCUUGGAUGACCAAGAGAUUGGAUUGCCGCCAAGAUAUAAGAUAUACGCAUUGGUGGAGAUACAAUGGUCAAGAUUUCGAGACCAAUCAGCGUCAGAGUAAGCAUGGAGGCGCGAAUAAAGAUACCAUGAGAAGUCGUACCCGCCAAGUAACGAAGUAUGCGCUUUGCAUCUUGCCAAUGGAGAUCAGUGGGAGAGUGCAUAAAUUGAGACAGGCGAUUCACUGCAUAUGCAAUGUCCGGUCGUGUGAAAGAGAGAUAUUGGAGGCUUCCAAGAACGGCCAUGUAUUCAGUUGGGUUAGGAUGUGGUGAACCGGAGUUGACGGUAAGCGACGGAGUUGGUGACAUGGGAGUGGAGACAGGUCGAGAGUUCAACAUAUUAGUCUUGACCAACAGAUCAAUAAUGUACCGUUUUUGCAUUAGAUGGAGUCCCUUUGAAAUCCGUGUAGCUUCAAGGCCUAAGAAGUAUGACAUCUCACCAAGUGAUUGAUGAAACCCGAGACACUUGUGCUGUUGUUACCAGUGAUUAGCAUAUCAUCGACAUACACAAGAACAUAGAUAAUUUCGCCACGCCGUUUGUAUGUAAAGAGUGAUGUAUCAGCCAAUGAGUUAACAAAGCCAAGGGUGAGAAGAUAACCGCGAAGUUCCUGAUACCAAGCACUGGGUGCUUGUUUGAGACCAUAAAUCGCCUUAUGUAAUCGACACACAUAGUGAGGUCGAUCGUUGUCAACAAAUCCCGGAGGCUGUGUAACAUACACCUCAUCCGUCAGGGAGCCUUGCAAGAAAGCGUUAUUGACAUCGAUUUGUCGUAUACACCAUCCCUUUGUCACCGCAACAUGAAGAACAGAGCGAACCAUAGUAGACUUGAUCAUCGGACUGGCGUGGAGGAACGAGCUCUGAAAUGCCAUUGCGGAUGUGGGCAUUGAUCUCAUCACACAUGGCUUGCCUCCAGUUCGGAUCCCGCAACGCCUCUGCCACUGUUUUUGGAAUGACUGGUCGGAGUUUGGUUGUGGUGACGGUAAGUGAGAGUUUUGUUGUUGGCUUGGUAAUGUUGUUUUUGGCCCUUGUUUGCAUGGGAUGGUGAUUAUGUUGUGGAGGUGGGUUGGGAGCCGGAGCUUGUGCAGGAGGAGGUGACGGUGUCGGUGUAGGCAUAGGAGAGGGUAAGGACGGUGUCGGGGAAACAGAGGAGGGAGAUGAGAGCUGUGGAUGUGUUGUCGGGCUUGAGUGGUGGUGAGAUGGGCCGGAAUUUGGUGAAGAUGGGCCUGAAUUGGUAGUUGUGGGUAACGGACCUGGGUUCGUAUUACCGGUUGGUGGUGGUGAAGAAGGCGUUGCAGGAGACGAUCUGGAAGGCAGUGACGGAGCCGUAGGCACUUGUGACGGUGAGCGGUGAGAAUCUGAGCACGAGGGGAGCCCCAAGGAGGAUGCAGGCGAAGCUGUAGAGAGUGGCGUAGUCACAACGGGAAUGGUGGUGGGACGUGUAUCAGGCGUUUGUUCAGGUACGGAGGAUGGAGGUUGGGUGAGAGGAGAGGUGGCAAAAGGAAACAGAGAUUCAUCGAAUUGGACAUGUCGGGAAGUGUAGAUACGACCAGAGGCUCUGUCCAAGCAGAGAUAUGCACUCUGAGUGAGUGAAUAUCCAAGAAAGACACAUGGAGCAGAGCGUGCGAAGAGUUUGUGGGUAGCAUACGGGCGUAGCCACGGGAAACAUAGGCAGCCAAAAACUCGUAGCUUCUGGUAGUUGGGAGCUUGGCCAAAGAGUUUGACAUACGGGGAGUCAUUUCCAAGCACCGGUGUCGGCAUUCUGUUGAUGAGAUACACGGCGGUGGCAAAUGCAUAGGUCCAAUACACCGUGGGCAUCGAGGACUUGCUAAGCAGGGUGAGACCCGUUUCGACGACGUGACGGUGUUUCCGUUCAGAAACUCCGUUGUGUUCAGGCGUAUGUGGAGGCGUCGUUAGAUGGGUGAUGCCAUGAGCCGUGAGAAAAGAACGCAAUACAAUGAACUCGCCACCGUUGUCAGAGUAGAGAGAUUUGAGAUUGGCUGCUGGUGCAUACAACGGAUCAACUGAAGCUUUUCUUGAGGAUGUUCUUGAGCUGUGGAGUAGUAUACGUGUUAUGUAUGCGGAUCAGCCCGAUUAUGUGGAACUGGUUGCAACUUUGUCUAAAAAGUUCAAGUCAUUAUACGAGGCUGAGGUUCUACCACUUGUUCAGAAACUUGUGGACUACAUGAAAUUGGAAUGCUUAAAUGCAGAGAUGAAGAAGGAAAUUAAGGAAAUAGUUGUUUCAGUAAAUAAACUUCCCAAGGCCCCGUGGGAUGAGGGGGUAUGUAAAGUAUGCGGCGUUGACAAAGAUGAUGACAGUGUUCUCUUGUGUGAUACAUGCGAUGCUGAGUAUCACACAUAUUGUUUAAAUCCACCUCUUAUCAGAAUUCCUGAUGGAAAUUGGUAUUGUCCAUCUUGUGUCAUUGCCAAGCGCAUGGCUCAAGAGGCUUUGGAAUCUUACAAACUAGUCAGGCGGCGAAAAGGUAGAAAGUAUCAGGGGGAACUCACCCGAGCCUCUAUGGAAAUGACUGCUCACCUGGCAGAUGUGAUGAAAGAAAAGGACUACUGGGAGUUCAGUGCUGAGGAGAGAAUCAUGCUGCUUAAGGUUCUAUGCGAUGAACUGCUCAGCUCAUCCCUUGUCCAUCAACACCUCGAGCAAUGUGCCGAAGCGAUAAUUGAAAUGCAGCAGAAAUUGCGCUCUCUUUCCUCAGAAUGGAAAAACGCAAAAAUGCGGCAAGAAUUCUUGAUGGCUAAACUCGCAAAGGUUGAACCUAGUAUUUUGAAGGAAGCAA